AUGGAAAGACAACAGAAAGAGUGGAACUAAUUAAAGCACGAACCUUCAAAGAGGACUGAUGUUUAUAAUUUAAUCAGAAGUGUUUUGGAAAAGGACUUGAAGGUGCCUGCUGAUCUCAAAAAACCACUAAUCAACCUUGGUCUAGGUGAGCCUAGUAAGGCUAAUGGCUUUGAGCUACCCGAAGUUAUUAACGAAGCUAUGAUUGAAUCAAUAAAAGGAGAAACUGCUAACGGCUAUACAAUGUCAAGUGGCACUCUUGAUGCAAGAAAAGCAAUCGUUAAAAAGUUUUCCAAUCCAGAGUUUCCUUUCACUGUGGACGAUGUGGUUCUAAGUUUCGGUUGUUCAGGCGCAAUUUAUAAUGCUGUAUCCGCACUUUGUGAGGAGGGUGAUAACAUCUUGGUGCCUAGACCAGGAUUCCCAUUGUGUUAUCCAAUCUCUCAAAAUUUAAACAUCAAUCUCAAAUACUAUGAUCUUCUUCCCGAAUAAGGAUGGGAGAUCGAUUUGAAUUCUUUAAAAUCUCAAAUUGAUGAGAAUACAAAAGCUAUUUUGGUAAAUAAUCCCUCAAACCCCUGCGGAUCUUGCUUUACCAAGGCACACUCUCUAGAAAUUCUAGCAGUGGCUAACGAGUACAAAGUUCCAAUUAUUUCUGACGAAGUAUACUAUGGCCUUGCCUAUGGCGAGGGAUCAGAAUUCAACUCUUUUGGAAAUCUAACUAAAGAUGUACCCAUCAUCUGCUGCAGUUCAAUCUCUAAAAUCUAUUGUCUGCCAGGAUGGAGACUUGGAUGGAGUAUUGUAUAUAAUAAUCAUGGAUAUUUCGACCACGUCAUUCAGAAUCUACACAAACAUGCCAUGAUUCAGCUUCAUCCCAACUCCCUUGUUUAAUAGGCAUUACCUCGUAUCUUAGGCGAGGUUGGUGAGGAUCACUUUACCACUUUGAAAAAUAAAUUGAAGGAGGCAGCUGAAUGUGCUUUCAAUAGACUCUCCUAAAUAAGAGGAUUACAACCAAUUAAGCCAUCUGCUGCUAUGUACAUGAUGAUUAAGAUUAGUCUCGAUGAAUUUUGCGACAUCGAAGAUGAUGUAGAUUUCUGUAAGAAAAUGCUUCACGAAGAGAGUAUCCUUGCAUUCCCGGCUCAAUGUUUCUUUGCCAAGGACGCAUUUAGAAUUGUUAUUUGCCAAUCAACUAAGAACAUUGAAGAGUUUGCAGAUAGAUUAUAAGAUUUCUGCCAAGCUCAUUAUAAGAGAACAGCUCCACUUGUUCAAGAUUAAUGA